AUGUCCACCUCCCGCCCCGCCGCCGCCCCGGCCGCCGCCGAGCCCGCCGAGAAAUCGUUUUUCGAACUGCAGCGCGACCAGCUGGUCAGUGAGAUUGCGCUGUCGCUCGAGCAUGUGCUCAUGAAUAUGAAUGUGCUGAAUCGCUCGCUGGAGGGCGUGAUUGCUGUCGGGAAGGAAUUCGAAAGCGUCGAGGCGCUGUGGUCGCAGUUUGAGAGCGUGAUGGCCAAGAACCCGGAGGAGACGAAGGGCGCGGAGGAGGGCGAGGGGGACGAGAGUACGGUUAUGUAUGAGGGGCUACCGAGGGGGGUUGGGAAGCGGUGA